GUGAGUCAUCACUGUUGCCCAGACUGCGCUCACACACUCAGAGCUGUCCGUAAAAGAGAGGACCUCUCUUCUCGCUUGUACUUUCUUUCAUCUUUGGGACUGGAGGGCUUCUUUGCAGUUAUUCUUGGGACAUUUUCUACCAUUUUUGAUGGCACAUCACAACUGAGUCAAAUCCUUGCCUCAGGAAGCUGUCAGAGCGUGAGUUUGCAUGAUCACUUUUCACAGUGCCUCUUUGUUUUCAGUGAAAUGAGAGGAUGUUUUUGGAGUUCUGUAAAAAUCAAAGCAGCAUGUUUCUCUCAGAUUGAUUUUUUUUAAAAGUUUUUUUGUGUCUCACUUUUCUCUUUUGUCUUUCUCUCUGCAGCCUGAAGUUUGUUUACAGCAAACAUAAAGAGCCCACACUUCAGUGUCUCUCUCAGUACAGACCCAUCAUGGCUGCUGCUGCGCUGGUAACAGAGAACUUUAAGUUUGUGUCCCUCUUUUUUAAGAGUAAAGAUGUGAUGAUCUUUAAUGGUCUGAUUGCUCUGGGCACUGUGGCCAGCCAGACUGCCUAUAAUGUGUUUGCCUUUCACUGUCCCUGCUCCUCUGGGAGGAACUAUCGCUAUGGCCUGGCUGCUAUCGGAGUCCCUGCUCUGGCUCUUUUCCUUGUGGGAAUAAUGUUGAACAAAAGCACCUGGGAUGUGGUGUCUGAGUGCCGCCUCAGAAGAUGUCGGAAGUUGUCUGGGGCUGCAGGCUUUGCUCUGCUGGGAACCAUCUUUGGUCAAGCUCUGGUUGCCCCGCUCACCUGGGCAGUUUUCUCUUUGCUACAGGGUGAGGCAUACACCUGUGCCCUCAGUGAGUUUGUUAACUCCACCUCAGUGGAGGGCUUCCCUGCAAUCAAAGGGUCAGAGGUCAUGGCCAGAUUACCAUGUAAAGGAAGUGUUCCUGAGGAGUUACAGAGCUUCUGGGCUGAAAUUGAGCGACGACUGAAAUAUGAAUCUCAGGUAUUAGACUCUUCAUGUUCUGUUUUGUUGUAUUUGUCUUUUCUGUGCUGUCUCUUUUGUUUUAUAAAAUCCAACCCAGUUCUGAAAUAUUCAAAGGGAAGGAUAUGGUGGGACAUAUCCAAAGCUAGUUAAUAAGAACGUGCAACAACAAAGAAAGGUGCACACUUAGUCCAGUCACACAAGAUUUAAGAAGAACUAAGUUUCUUGUAAAAGCCUGUACACAUGAGGAAAAAACUCCAUCCCUUGAUUUACAUCUUUUCAAGUCUUCUACUUUUAACCAGCUUGAUGGAUUGAGGUAAGGACGUCCCCUGCAUUGUGUGCAAGACCAUAAUAACCACAUCCUGACAUCUUAAAUUCUUAAAUGGAGUCUGGCAUAAAGUAAAUUGCGGACAGUACCUUUUGUAUUUGGUCCAUCAGAUUUCAUCAGCAUGGGACUGUUGAAUUAACUCUUAACGCAAAUGUUAGUUUGAAAUAUGUUCCCUUUAACUUCUGUUUAAUCUGGUUUUCUUCAACUUGGUCAAUAAUUUUUUUACUUAAACAAUUUAAAACACAGUACACCAACAAGCUCUUAAAAUGUGUAUAAGCUCAGCUCAGCUGAGAACCUCAAGCAGGAAGUGAGAAAGUGUUUCUGUACAGACGAGCACAUGGUUAGUUGGAGUUCAUACCAUAGCACUUGUUUACAAUUAGAAAAAUAUAUAAUUGUUUAUCUUACAGCAAUGACAAAACUUGAAUAGCCAGUAUGAAUUUCUGCCUCAAAAAACGUUCUAUUUUGUAUUGAAGUGAAGUCAGUCAUGUGAUGUUAUGUUUGAGCAUAGUUUUACAGAAGAAAUGAAUUGAGCAUGUAAAAUAAACCAGAACUGAAAAUGUUACCACCUUUGUGCACAUCAGGGUGUGUCUCAUAGCACAAUACAGCACAGCUGCAGAGCAUACUGGAGCUUUUUUCGUACAGAAACCUCAAAAUCACACUCUACACCUUCUAAGAUAAACAUGGAGUGAAUGACUCUAGCAUAUCAGCUAAGUGUAAUUUUAGCGUACCAGUGUGUGUCAUUUAGACAGAAAUUGCAAUAGUUAAGUGUAGGACAGGUAACGGGAUGCAAUGGGCCAAAAAUGGGGCUUUUUGAAAAUGGGUAAUGUAGUCAUGCAGUCUAACCUUAAUAAAUUAUGGCUUGAAAAUGCUAUUAAAAAAAUAAUGGCCACCUUAACAUUUGCCUAUACUGCCUGUGCCACUGGCCAGCCCUGCAGGCUACAAGACAGGGACAGAAGGUGCAGGCGUUGAUAUAUAUAUAUAUAUAUAUAUAUAUAUAUAUAUAUAUAUAUAUAUAUAUAUAUAUAUAUAUAUAUAUAACACACAUACAUAUAUAUAUAUAUAUAUAUAUAUAAACUUUUCACACACACAUACACACACGUAUAUAUAUACAUAUAUAUAUAUAUAUAUAUAUACGUGUGUGUAUGUGUGUGAAAAGUUUAUGUAUAUAUCAAGUCAAGUGAGUAUCAUGAUAAUGUAAUAAACUGACUAGUUGCAUUCAUGUUUUAAGAUGAAUCUGUUGAUGUGUGUUGAAGUAUGUUAGACUUUGUUUGUUACCUUAGAAGCCCCUGUGAUUGUCUAUUUCUAGAUGACCUUUAUUAAUUUGUAAACCCACUUGUCACCAAGUGUUUUAGGCAGUACAUCUGUGCCCGACAUUUCUGGCGGUUCAUUUUGAGUUAGAGUAUUAAGCAAGCCUAAAGGUCAAAUUUCCCUGAGACAUCUGUUUCGUCCACGUCCAAGUGUGAAUGUUGGAUAAGACAGUCAAGUGGUCAGGGUCUGGUGGGUUUAAGAAUACUGUAAAAGAAGAACUAAAUGAGAUCCCAGACCGACAAACCAGUCUCUGUGACUUUUCCUCAAAAAUUCACUACAACAAAAGUUGCAGCAUCAUGAACUGUGUACAUGUUUAAAUUCUAUAGUCAUGUAGAUACAGACUCUGCCUGCACAGCAGUCACUUGUGUGUUCUGUGUGUUCAAGUGAGGGGCUGAAUGAAAGUCAUUUGAGAUGUUCUUCAGAGAUUCAUCCUUGACAAAAAAGUGGUGUUUCGGGUCAUAUGACAAACAUGCAUGUCCUGCUGUAUUUUACUCAGCUCUAUUAACCCAUAAUUUGUGAGCUUUUUUGGUUCUGUGUUGCUAACAAUUCACUCUUUCAGGAUAAGUUGACAUUAAACCAUGACAUGAACAAAAACUUGAUAGAUCACCACAGACGAGUUCACAUAUUGCAUCACUAAUUAUAUUUGGCCCCUUGACUCUCCACAUGCACUGUUUUCCUGUACCCAACCAACGCUCACCAGGGACAUACAGGGAAUUUUAGAGAGGCCAGGGUUCAAACUAACAAAGACCAGUUUAUUUCUUUAUAGUUAAAUAAAUAAUUUCUGAAAUAACAACCUUCAUGACACUGUAAGAGAGACAUUGAAAUAUUAUACGUAUAUGUGAUCCAUGACAGGUGAUUAAUAACGCUGCAUUCAAAUACAUCUAAAACUCUCUUAGUCUCAGGAGAAGGUUAAACUGCUGGAACAGCAACAGACAAAGAGAGGCUGGUGUUGUAUAGUGAACAAACUAUACAGGAAAAAAAGUGGAGCUUUAAAAGCAUUAUGAAUUUUUUGUUUUAAAAGUUAAUUGAACUUCAAAGAAAAAUACAAAUAUUUUAAUUGAAUAUUUUAACUCAAGAUUUUCACUAUUUACACAUUUCCUUUUCACUAAAACAGAUCCCUGAAAAAAAUCUCAAAAAUUAUGCUUGAACUUAAAAUGUUUGCAAAUCUGCCAUUUUCUGUAUUUUUUUGUUAUUAUUGUUAUUUACUGAGUCUAUCAAGUCUCGCUGUCUCAUACUAUCGGCAUGUAAGAAUUUGAUUCUUCUGUAAACCUAUAUGUAUUUAAGGCUGCUAUAAGGAUUUUUUUUUUAAUCAGUGGAAUAAACUGAAAUUCAUGUUGGUGCCCUUUUAUGACUAACAAAAGCCAUCAAGAGCAUAAAUGACAGAAUCAACAAUUUUAUAUCUUUAUUUUUUUUUAUGUCUGACAUCAGUAAUUGGGAUAUAUGCCAGCUGAGCACCUACAUAAAAGGCCAUCUUUUCACAUUUUUUAAUAAAAUAUUAACAUCAAAUUUUCUCUGUCAGCAGACACUGUUUGAGCAUUUCCAGGAUCAGAUAAGAAAGGAAUCACUUUGCCAGCAGGGGGUGCCACACUUGACACAAACCUUAAGUUCCUUACAGGAGCUUUAAUAUAACAGAUACCUCUGAGAGGCUACUGCAACAAGAUUAUUAAUCAUCACCCAAAGUAGAGAUGCACUGGGAAUUCGGCCACUAAAAAUUUUCGGCCGAAAAGUGCCCAAAAGUGCAUUCUUGGUUUUGGCAAAAAUACUUUUUUCACCAAAACAACAUAUAGGUUGUUGUGAUGACUCAAGCAAAAAACGCAACCAGCAUGUGCUUCUCUGGAUAAGGGCCAACAUGCCUGCUGUGUGGACAUAUUUCAGUAUAUCUAAGAACCACAGAUAGCAAUUUGCAUUGUGUGAUGCUAAAAUUCUAAGAGAGGGUGCAUCUGCAGCUGAAUACACAAACAGACACUGGGGGACACAGAUAUAUAUAGAGAAGACUAUAUACGCCAAUGUAGUAGGCAAUGUUCCCAUUAAAGGCAUUAGAUGUGCACUACAGGCCAAGUACAAGUACAAGUUUGGAAGCAAGGCCAUUACAGGCCGAACAGCUUGGGAGUAACUUCAAGUUUUUGUUCACAAUGCUUUUUUAAAAUCCAGCAUGAGUUUUAUGUAUUUUGGGAUGUAUUUACUCCACGAUCAGAUGUUGCUUUCAUGGAAAUGCACCAUUUUACUCCAUUUACCUUUAGAUAUACAUUGAUGUUAACAGACCAUUGCUAAAUAUAUGUCAGCAAAGGAUAAUAAGGGCUUAGUUUUAGGGUUGAAAACAUUUGCAAGAGUCACAACUUAAGUGCAAAAGUAAAAAAAAAAAAAUCACAGUUGGAUUAAAUUCACUUCAAUUUUUUGGCUUUUGAGAGUCUGCAGACAAAAUCCUAAUAAAUCUCAACUGCGUUCAAACUACCACAAAAAUGCCUAGAAAGAAGCAACUGAGUAAAGAAACAAAAGUACAGAUUUGUACAUUGAGGAAAGAAGGAUACAUAGAAAAAGAAAUUGCAAAAUGCCCAAAGGUGUUUAACAAAGGAGUCCACUACACUCUGAAGAGACUAGAGGAACCUGGAAGUUAUGAUGAUAGAAAAAGACCUGGACGAAAGAAAGUUACUACAAAAGCAGAGGAUAAACAUAGCAUUGUCAUCAGUAAGAGAGAUCGGCGAAAAACAGCACCACAAAUAAGGGAGGAAAUCAACAUGACAAGGUCGAAACCCAUAUCUCUGACAACCGUGAAAUGACAUUUGAGAAAGGCUGGUCUGAAGGGUUGUAUUUGCAAAAAAACACUACUUUGUCCACAGAACAAGAAAAAGAGAUAUUAGUGGGCAAAAGCUCACAAAAAUUGGACUUAUGAUGACGAGAAACAAGUUUGCACUGUUUGGUUCAAAAUGCAGAGUCUAUGUCUGCAGACAAACUGGUGAACGUCUGAAAGCACCAUGUGUUACACCCACAAUUCAGCAUGGAGGUGGUAGUUCCAUAGUAUGGGGAUGUUUUGCAGUUGAUGGAGUAGGAGAUUUGUUUGAAGUAAAGGGUGUCAUGAAGAAGGAACAUUACCACUCCAUCCUCCAGCACCAUGCUGUUCCAUCUGGACCAUAGACUGUAUAUAGAAUGGACACCGUCUGCCUCCUUGCUGGGUUAAGCCACUCCAAGAACAGCACCCUCUGUUGAUGGGCUGCAGUAUAGGUCAUAAAUCCCGCCUCUGCCAGCAAAGCUUAUGGGACUGUGGACAAACUUUAGAAAUUUAUUACACAGUACAUAAAUGUUUCUCUCCCCUGCUUGUGAUGUUGACAUGUAGUUACUGUAAGACUGGUUUGUGCCCAAGUCCUCUUUUUACUGUACAGCUCCAUUUUUAAAAGUUAUUAGGGGGUUUAUGUUUUCUAUGAUUGACACCUGAUACAGCCUAUGGGAAUUCAGGGAUUGCGUAGCUCACCCGGGGGAUACGCUGUUUGAGCCGGGCGUCAUCACAGUGACUCUCGGCGACUGCGCAGCUGAAUGCGCGCAUCGCUACUGCGCAGCGCUGGUUUCAGGAAAUGAAGAAAAAUUCCGGAAAUACCGAGAGCUUUUUGGCUUCAAAUCCGUAUACAGGCGGGAGGCGGAACCAAGUUGUCCUCAGUAUACAGGACUGUCUCAGAAAAUGUGAAUAUUGUGAUAAAGUUCUUUAUUUUCUGUCAUGCAAUUAAAAAAACAAAAAUGUCAUACAUUCUGGAUUCAUUACACAUCAACUGAAAUAUUGUAAGCCUUUUAUUAUUUAAAUAUUGCUGAUUAUGGCAUACAGUUUAAGAAAACUCAAAAAUCCUAUCUCAAAAAAUUUGAAUAUUUCCUCAGACCAAGUAAAAAAAAAGAUUUAUAAGAGCAAAACAAAAUCAAACAUUUGAAAAUGUCAAUUAAUGCACUCAGUACUUGGUUGGGAAUCCUUUUGCACGGAUUACUGCAUCAAUGCGGCGUGGCAUGGAGGCAAUCAGCCUGUGGCAUUGCUGAGGUGUUAUGGAUGCCCAGGAUGCUUCAAUAGUGGCCUUGAGCUCAUUUGCAUUGUUGGGUCUGGUGUCUUUCAGCUUCUUCUUCACAAUACCCCACAAAUUCUCUAUGGGGUUCAGGUCAGGGGAGUUGGCAGGCCAAUCAAGGACAGUAAUGCCAUGGUCAGUACACCAGUUACUCGUGGUUUUGGCACUGUGGGCAGGUGCCAUAUCAUGCUGGAAAAUGAAAUCAUCAUCUCCAUAGAGCUUUUCAGCAGACGGAAGCAUGUAGUGCUCUAAAAUCUCUUGGUACACAGCUGCAUUGACUCUGGACUUGAUGAAACACAGUGGACCAACACCAGCAGCUGACAUGGCUCCCCAAACCAUCACUGACUGUGGGAACUUCACACUGGAUUUCAAGCAACUUGGAUUUUGCUCCUCUCCAGCCUUCCUCCAGACUCUGGCGCCUUGACUUCCAAAUGAAAUACAAAACUUGCUUUCAUCUGAAAAGAGGACUUUGGACCACUCUGCAACUGUCCAGUGCUUCUUUUCCAUAACCCAAGUCAGACGCUUCUUCCGUUGUCUUGAGUUCAGGAGUGGCUUGACCAUGGGAAUACGGCUAUUGUAGCCCAUUUCCCGGACACGUCUGUGAACAGUGGCUUUUGAUACCUGGACUCCAGCUUCAGUCCACUGUCUUUGAAGCUCCCCCAAAUUCUGGAAGCUGCUCUUCUUCACAAUGCUGUUAAGGCUUCGGUCCUCUUUCUUGGUUGUGCAGCGUUUCCUGCCACAUUUCCCCCUUCCAACAGACUUUUUGUGAAUGUGCUUUGAAACUGCACUCUGUGAACAGCCUGCUCUUUUAGAAAUUUCUUUUUGUGUCUUACCCUCCUGAUGGAGGGUGUCAAUGAUGGUCCUCUGGACAGCAGUCAGGUCAGCAGUCUUCCCCAUACUUGUGAUUUAGUUUACUGAACCAAGCUGAGUGUUUUUAAAGGCUCAGGAAACCCUUGCAGGUGUUUCAAGUUAAUUAGAUGACUCAAGUGAUUAGUUAAAUAGCCUAUUAGUAUACUUUUUCAUGAUAUUCUAAUUUUUUGAGAUAGGAUAUUUGAGUUUUCUUAAGCUGUAUGCCAUAAUCAGCAAUAUUUAAAAAAUUAAAAGGCUUGCAAUAUUUCAGUUGAUGUGUAAUGAAUCCAGAAUGUAUGACAUUUUCAUGUUUUUAGUUGCAUUACAGAAAAUAAAGGACUUUAUCACAAUAUUCUAAUUUUCUGAGACAGUCCUGUAUACAGUCUAUGAUCUGGACUUAGACCUGUGGCUCAUAAGUUUGUUUUGCAGCGAGACAAUGACCCUAAGCACUCUGCCAAGCUCUGUCAGGAUUACCUAGACAAAAAAGAAGAGGAAGGUGUUCUUCAAAAGAUGGUUUGGCCCCCCCAGUCUCCAGACCUUUCUCCAAUUGAGCUUGUGCAGGAUGGAUUGGGUAGAUCGGUCAGAAAAACGCAUCCCACGAAUCAGCAGUCUCUUUUUAAUGAACGUAAGAAAGCUUAGAAUGCAAUCCCUGGAACAUACCUUAAAAAAUUUAUGGAAAGUUACUCUUUACACAAUAGUCAUGUUUAUUGUGUUGCAAAUUAUAUAUAUGAAACUAUGAUCUUUUCUUGUACAAAUCUGAUCUUGCUUCCAAACUUUUGGCCUGUAGUGUACAUGGAAAAUCAAUCUUAACUUGCUAAUUUCUCGAUUUAUUUUCAUGUGAUUUUCUUUUUUUUUUUAACACCAAAACAUGUGCAAUUAAUACAGAACAUUUGAUUAACAUUUGUUUUGUUUUUUUUUUUAAAUCAAAUGUUUUGUAUUAAUAGCACAUAUUUGGUGUUGACAAUAAAGUAAACUGCAUGAAAAUCGGAGGCGAAAACGUAUCUGACGGACACUCACAAUUUAAUGUAUGGACUCAUCAAUAUAGAAGAUGUUCACUGUUUUAUUCAAUAUCUGUUUUUAUGUCAAAUCUGCUUUGAUUUCUGAAAGUAACAAUCAUGGACUUCAUUAAUGAAAAAAUUGAGAAAAUGAAGGAGAGAGGGCUUUUGCAACUAUUUACUGCUUUGUUUUUUACUGUUAGGUUUUAUCAGUGGGUAAGACAACAUGUGAGUUGCUGAGGUGCUAUAAAUCUAUUCUUUCAGAGGCUGGGACACAAUAACUCCACCAUCCAUUUUGUGUGACCAGAUCACAAGAUGUAUUGAGUGAUCAUACAGGGUUGCUCUAACCAGCUAAAAGCCCAUUCAAUUAUAUGCUUCUUUUUGUGUGUAAACAAGAAUUAUGGCUGACAAAGAAAAGGGCAUUUUGACUGAUGAGGGCAAACAGGACAGGCGCUCAAGCUCCUUUUGUUGUGUAUGCGUGCAGGUGCAUGAUGCUCGCAGAAAUGCUUAUGGACAAUAGCUACCUACUACUCAUAUUUCACUCAUUUAUGGCUCAUGAUCACAUGACAGGGAGCAGAAACAGCACAUGCAAGACAAGUAACAAUGACAGCACAGGUCAUGACUGUGCAAUCACAAAUAUUACUGAAAUAAUAAAGGGACAUUCUUUAAAAAAGCAGUUUACAGACCACUUUAGGCCUAUCUUUUCCAGUCUGAGCCAGUGUUGAAAUAAGCAAUGGUUUAAUAUGCAAGAAAGUAAAUAAAAGAGUGUGAGCUAUUACUAACUGUCUUUCUGAUGUUUAACUUUGAUGAAUGAAAUGUGACUUCCAGCCAGUAUGUUCAUAUGAUGCAAUAGGCAGUGACAUACACAGACAAUGCUAUAGCACCUGCCUUUUGCCCUCAGGACUAAGCAAGUGCCCUUUUGAAAGUCAUUAUUAGGGCCAAGGCCGACGCUGCAAGCUGCAGGCGAGAGCCCUGUUGAAAUUGCAGGAAUUAUUAUUAUUAUUAUUAUUAUUAGUAGUAGUAGUAGUAGUAGUAGUAGUAGUAUCAUCAUUAUUAUUAACUUUAAAACUCUUUAAACUAUUACACCCCCUAGAUGGGCUCAAAAUGUCCUGAAAUUCUGGGCGGGUCGCGCCUGGCUCAAAUUCACAUAUAUUGCUGUGCCCCUAUAUUCAAAAAAAUAAAAAUUUAAAAAUUUAAAAAAAGGACUCGCACCCUACAGUCUUCAAGCUUGCAGAGUUUUUUGCAUAACUUCCAGUACACUGGUUCCAGUUCAAUCAGAUUUUAGUCAUUUGAUAAGGGUCUGGCACUGAAAAAUUUGGCACCAAACUUUCAUCCAUAUGUUGUAGCGCCACCUGAUGGCAGAGGGAAAUGCAUUUUUUGGUUAAUGGCCUGUAACUCCUUGAUUGAUAGGAUGCAGCUGAGAUUUGUUCAGGACACACCUGAUGGGGUACCAGAUAGGCUAAAAAAUCAAUACCUUGUUAUGUUAACCUGUGCCUAGGUGGCGCUAAGAAAUGUCUAAAAAAAAAAGCAAUCUGUGAUAUUACUAUAGAUCAGCACAGCCACAUAAAAUUUGGUACACAGAGCAGGAGGGCUUAAAUAUCAAAAUGGAGAUCCAACUAAAAACAGCCCCAUAGCGCCCCCCAUAAACUUUCAAAAUGUAAGCCUCGCUCCUGUGUGUAACCCAAACCUUUGGAAUCAAGGACACUCAUGUUGGACCCCAAGAUGAACAAAAAGGGGAGGCAGUCCACAGAGUAGGCAGCGCGACAUAGCUAGGGCCCUGCGGGGUGUUGGUUAUAAUUUAUAUAUUUUCUAUGAUAAAGCAGGCAGUGGUUCCACAUGCUGCAUAAUGUGCCCUAGUUUUUAACUGAACACCCGCCUCCAAAAAAUGUCUAUGUGCAUCUUUGGCAAUAGCGAUUGAUUUACCUUUUUGAUUUCUAGUGUAUGUAUAAUUUUUGAUAUAUCAGUUAAUGCUUCCAUUAGACUCAAACUGGCUAAUGUGCUCUGUGCUCAGAAUUUUCCACGCCAAGCUUUGGUUGAGACAUUUAACAGCAUGAGAGGCUGAGUGGGAAACAAAACCUCAACAUAUGAAAAAAAAAAACUAAAAAGGAAAAAACUGUUCCUCCGUACCAUCAAAAGCGAAAGAGCUGUAGGCCUAAGUGUGUUAUAGUUGCCGUGGCGGAGGCGGACAUGUUUCUUUCAAUAAUUGGAUUCUUGCCCGGUGCUGGCUGCAGCUAGCUGAUUUAGUAAACACUUUGACUGUGUUGUGUGCAGAAAGAUAAGUGCGAGGUUUGUUGUGCAGUUUAUGCUGCCAUUUAUACACUGAAUGUAAACAAUAAGCACCUGUCAGUCAUACAGUUAGCUCUUCAUGGUGUCUCAUGCAGCACGCUACAAAAGGAUAGCAAGCGAUAUCAGCACCAGAGUUAACCAGCACGCUAAUAAAUGCACAAAAUUGUUAUGACAACAAGCCAGUCAGGACGUCUGUUAUUGAGAGUACAAUGAAUAACAGUUCAUUUAGAGUUCAUUAGAUGUGCAUACAGACAUUAAUACAGAGUUUUUACACACUGUGUUGUAUUCUGCAACUUACCUUGAGCAUUUGUGUUGUACAAUAGCAAAGCAUUAUGGCUACCCAUGGAGAAUAUAUCAUACAACUGAGAAAGGGUGCCCUGGAGCCACACACAAAAAGCUGGAUAAAUCUCACACUAAAGUUCUCCUUCAGUAAAGUUCUUCUUCUUCACUAGAGUGGGUGGAAUAACAUACAUAACAUACUCUGUGACAGCUUGGGACCAGGCCAGGAGUCCAGUGAAAUCGCAGAAUUAAACUGUGGCUCGACUUAUCUGUGCAUGUAAAUGUAGAGAUAAUAUUAGAAGAAUCCCCAAAAUUUAGAAAGCACUUUUGUCAUUACACCACUUUGCAGACAGUCUUCUAAAAGGAAUAUUUAAAACCGUUGACCAAUUGUGUACUAAAACAAUUGACAAAACGCAUUAGCAAGUGGCUAAUAGGUUGUCUGCACCACAACAAAAUUACUGUUAUUUUUACAGCAGUUUUGUCUGCAUCCCACCUUCCAAGCAUUGCAUUUAUGCUGCUUCAAUUUCUGGUGCAAGCCCAGCAUGCAGACACUGAGCAUGUGCAAGAAUUAAUUCAAAAUUCUGUCCAAUAGAGGAGCUCAUGGAGAAAACUGAUCCCCAACUCUAUUAUCUAUGUGAGUUAGUCAGAGAGUUAUGCAAUUUCAGUCGGACCAUUGUUUUAUGUGUAGUUGAAAGUCCAGUUUCAGUUAGACUGACUUUUUGGACAUGUAAACAUACUGACCAAGAACAGGCAAAGUUUCCAGUGCCUUCAGAUUUUACCAAGGAGUUGAUCUCUCACCUCUAUUGUUUCAGCUCAUUGGCUGGCUGCUGGUGGCAGGAAUGUCUCUGGCUGUGUUCCUGAUGCUGUGCAUGAAGCGCUGCUCCUCCCCUCUGGGUUACCAGCAGGAGGACUACUGGUCUCAGUACCGAUCUCAGGAAAAGACCCUCUUCCAGCGUACAGCUGCUGUGCAUGCCCGUCUCCUGGCUGCAGAGAACAUUAAGAGCUUCUUUGGUUUCGUGGCAUUAGAAAAAGAAGAAAAGGAGCAGCUCGAUGAGUUCCAGAGUGCAGGUCCAAUCUGCAGCACAGACUGGAAUAGAGUAACAGGAGUGUACCUCUACAGGGAGAGGGAUGGCUUCCCUUUGUACAGCAGGCUCAACAAAUGGGCCACAUACAGCCUGGAGCAUAAUGUCGAGGCCAUGGACAAAGAGAUGGAGGUCCUCAGCUGACGAUGACUUCGAUUUGGACUCUGGUUUUUCACCAGUGGACAUUCCACCAAAACUACAGUUUCUGCACGAAAGCCCUUUCAUACCAUCACAAGUCUUUUAACCUGAUGACAAAGGUAUCCAGAUACUUUUGUCCUCAGGCUAUUGGGAAAUUUUUGAUAUCAUAGCAUCCCUUGUGUAAUGGCCUAAUCCCUGCUGACAUUUUGAGCCCUUAUACAACCUGCAGUGGUCAUACUCACAAAGCUGUCUUGUCAAACAAUCCAUCAGUGACCAGAAACUGGAGUGGGAGGGUAGGUGUCAGAUAGGUUUUUAGGUGAUAAUACUACAAUGAACCGACAGGUUAUAGAUUGUCAUCUUUUGUAUAUGCAUCCGUACAGUAUGGAAAACUAUUUUGUAUUUUUGAGUGUUUGUUCUUUACAACUUUCAGGGAGAAAUCAGUUUUCAAGCAUCAAUGUGUCUUCUCUGGAGUAAUAUCCCAUGCUCAUGUGUAUCUGUGGUUUUUGACAUUCAGUGUUUUAUUUAGUUUUAUUGACAAGCCUCUUGUAGUAUAAGAAAAACCUUUUCCCAUUCUUCUUUGAAAUGUUAAGAGGAAAAGAUAGUUAGGGUGAAAUAGCCUCCCCUCCUAACUUAUCUUGGGUCUGUAGCUAUUGCGAUUUGUAAUGUAUUGUAAUUUAUCAUACCAUUGAUUGAUUGAAAACUCAAAGCUGAAACGUGUGACUUUGUCAUGUCUACCGCUCACCACAAAAUAAAAUGUCACUUCUUUUUUCAUGUC